AUGUCUUACAGUGUGACUCUGACUGGGCCUGGACCCUGGGGCUUCCGUCUUCAGGGAGGCAAGGACUUCAACAUGCCCCUCACUAUCUCCCGGAUCACUCCCGGCAGCAAGGCGGCCCAGUCCCAGCUCAGCCAAGGCGACCUUGUGGUGGCCAUUGAUGGCGUCAACACGGACACCAUGACCCACCUGGAGGCCCAGAACAAGAUCAAAUCCGCCAGUUACAACCUGAGCCUCACCCUGCAGAAGUCCAAGCGUCCUAUUGCCAUCUCCACAACGGCACCUCCUAUCCAGUCUCCACUGCCAGUGAUUCCUCACCAGAAGGACCCUGCUCUGGACACGAACGGCAGCCUGGCGACUCCCAGCCCCAGCCCUGAGGCGAGGGCCAGCCCAGGCAACCUGGGCACCCUGGAUUUCGGGGACACCUUUAGCUCUUCCUUCUCCCAGACCUCUGUCUGCACCCCACACAUGGAGGCCCCGGAAUCUGUCCUUUUUCAGGGCAGCCCAAUGGCCAAAGCCAGCCCAGAGGGUGUACAGGGCUCAGUCAGCCCCAAAGUUCUGCCAGGCCCUAGCCAACCGAGGCAAUAUAACAACCCCAUUGGCCUGUACUCAGCAGAGACACUGAGGGAGAUGGCUCAGAUGUAUCAGAUGGGCCUCCGAGGGAAGGCCUCAGGUGCUGGACUCCUUGGAGGCGCCGACUACCAGGAACGCUUCAAUCCCAACGCCCUGAAGGACUCAGCCCUGUCCACCCACAAGCCCAUUGAGGUGAAGGGUUUGGGCGGCAAGGCUACCAUUAUCCACGCACAGUACAACACCCCAAUCAGCAUGUACUCACAGGAUGCCAUCAUGGACGCCAUCGCUGGGCAGGCCCAGGCCCAGGGCAGUGACUUCAGUGGGAGCCUCCCCGUGAAAGACUUGGCCGUGGAUAGCGCCUCUCCUGUGUACCAGGCUGUGAUCAAAAACCAAAGCAAGCCGGAAGAGGAGGCUGAUGAGUGGGCCCGCCGGUCCUCCAACCUGCAGUCUCGCUCCUUCCGCAUCCUGGCCCAGAUGACAGGGACAGAAUACAUGCAAGACCCUGACGAGGAAGCUCUGCGAAGAUCAAGGCCACAGGCCUCUGCGUACAACCCUGCAACAGCCACUUCUCCAGCACCCUCUGCCCACACCAGCUACAGUGAGGGUCCGGCUGCCCCUGCACCCAAGCCCCGGGUUGUAACAACCGCCAGCAUUCGGCCUUCUGUCUACCAGCCAGUGCCUGCAUCUACCUACAGCCCAUCCCCAGGAGCCAAUUACAGUUCAGCUCCCUAUACCCCCUCACCUGCUCCCUAUACCCCCUCACCUGCUCCCACCUAUUCCCCUUCCCCUGCACCAGCUUAUACCCCUUCCCCUGCCCCAAACUAUAGCCCUGCUCCCUCAGCAGCCUACAGCGGGGGCCCUGCAGAGUCUGCCAGCCGCCCACCCUGGGUGACUGACGACAGCUUCUCUCAGAAGUUUGCUCCUGGAAAGAGCACCACGUCUGUCAGCAAGCAGACCCUGCCCCGGGGGGCUCCAGGCUACAACCCAACAGGUCCACAGGUGACCCCUCUUGCCAGGGGCCUGUUCCAGAGAGCUGAACGCUUCCCAGCGAGCAGCCGGACUCCCCUCUGUGGACACUGCAACAAUGUAAUCAGGGGCCCUUUUCUGGUAGCCAUGGGCCGCUCUUGGCACCCAGAAGAGUUCAACUGUGCCUACUGCAAGAACUCCCUAGCAGAUGUGUGCUUCGUGGAGGAGCAGAACAACGUUUACUGUGAACGGUGCUACGAGCAGUUUUUUGCCCCGCUGUGUGCCAAGUGCAACACCAAGAUCAUGGGGGAAGUGAUGCGCGCUCUGAGACAGACAUGGCACACUACCUGCUUCGUCUGCGCAGCCUGCAAGAAACCUUUUGGAAACAGCCUCUUCCACAUGGAGGAUGGAGAGCCGUACUGUGAGAAAGACUACAUCAAUCUGUUCAGCACCAAGUGCCACGGAUGUGACUUUCCUGUGGAAGCUGGCGACAAGUUUAUCGAAGCCCUGGGGCACACCUGGCAUGACACCUGCUUCAUCUGUGCGGUCUGCCAUGUGAAUCUGGAGGGGCAGCCAUUCUACUCCAAGAAAGACAAACCACUGUGCAAGAAGCAUGCGCAUGCUGUCAACGUGUAGGGGCCCAGAGUGGCUGCUGCGGGCCGGGCCCUGGCUGCUCUUGCUGCCGACAAUGAAGGAGUCAAAGAUCUUUCUUCUGGGGGAAAAGGGGGACGAAAGGAAUGAUUGAGCCUUUUGAAGUCUAAUUUUAGUCUUUUCUGGUACACACAGAUUGUGUAUUUGCGUAGUUCAGACCAGAAGCCAAAAGAAGAUUCUAAAACCAGGUAGUAACUAAUCCUCAGCUGGAACCGCACUUCAGCCUUUUGGGAAAGGAUUCCAGGGAAUCAAAACUGAAAAACAAAAAAAGCAAUGUUCAAAAAUGAUACACGUCCCCAGCCAUCGCUGUCAUCAGUGCAGGGACAGGGCUCAGGGCAGUUACGGAGAAUCCAAAACACGCCGCGGAGUUCUGCAGGGCUCCUUGGCAAACACAAAGAUGUGCCAAACAGUAUUUGCUGUGGGGUUAUUUUUAGAGCCGGCACUGAGCGCUCCUUAGCUGAGACCCAUUGGGCCUUCCUCACCAAAAAAGGAAGAGUCGUUCCUUCAGCACCACAGAGCUUCCUCUGCGCAUCAGACUUCAGAUGUCGAAGAAACUGAAACAUGUACCGGAAGCCCAGAAACCUGAAGCGAUGUCGGGCCACCACUGGGAAAAUGAAGAGGUUCCGGAAAGGUCUGUGGCUCAUGCCACAGGCAACCGAGAAAAGAUGGACUCUCUUUGCAUCUCCCCCCCCCCCUUCAGUCUGAAACAUCUAACGUCCCUUGGGAAGCUUUGCUCCUUCUGAAUUGUCAUGGGGAAGUGAACGUGGGUUUUCCAGUUUUGCUUUACAGUGUGUCAGAAGAGGUUUGCAAAGGACUCUGGGUAGGAUUUAGCCUCUGUUUGGCUUGAAGAGGGUCCUGAGCAUGAAUGUCCCAUGCAUGUAUUUCACCCCCACCCAUGACUGCUCAUGUUGUGAGUGGGGGUAAAAUACAUCUUCCACAGCCCUAUCCUCAAACAAGCUUAGCGGAAAGAAAAGAGAGAUGGCGCCAAACACAGGGUAGCAGAGCAUGCUCUCAUGCCCAGCUGUGCUCCGGAAGAGUAGCUUGCUUUCUGCCAAACUCAGCAUGGGCUGCGGGAUGCCCACCUUCAGGGCUGCACCGUGCUCUUCACUUGUUCCUUUAAAUGCAGCACACCAAUUGCAUAAUCGCGCUGACUGCUGCAAGGAGGGGAAAAGAUACACUUGCCAUUUGGGCCGGUAUUUUGGAAAUAGCUUUGAACUAGACCUGGCCUUCAGAGUCCUUUACAGAUACGUAGGGCUAGAUAGAAGUAGAGAAAGUGGCUCCUUUCUGGGUUGGAGAUGGUACCGUCACUUUUCUUUCUAGGAAGUGCUGUUAGGAAGGAGGUUCAUUGGAAACGACAUUGACGCAGGCUGUGUGUGUACGUGUGUUUCUCACUGGAGCACAGUGUUCCGGCACUCUACAGGCUCACUGCCCUCUCUCUUUACUCCUGUUUGGGAUUUUUCUCUUUGCACGUUUGAAAUGCUUUAUGAGACUGCAUUCAAACUCUUCUUUCUUUUGAGGACUAAGGCUUUCAGGAGGUCGUCCUACUGAAGGGUGUCAGACAGAGCCUAGAUUGCCCAUGGUUUUUCUAAGUCAGGAAUCACCAGUCCCCUCCGGGCAGCAUGGAGGAUGGUUAGAACUGGGCUCCUACCAAGCGGCCCUUCUUUACUUUUGACUCAAAGCCUCAGGCUGGGUAAAUUCGGCUGGGACAGCCUGGAGAUUUGUUCAGAGAUACAGAACAGUACCUGUGCACAGUCUGAUAUGUUUGGAAAGUACAGAUACACAGGGACAAGGAGCUUGCUGACCAAACAGAAAGGUUCUAAAGCAGCUGAUUUUUUUUUUUUGAAAAAGUAUCUUAGGUUUUUUUUGUUUUGUUUUUGAGACAGGGUUUCUCUGUAUAACAGUUCUAGCUGUCCUGGAAUUAGCUUUUGUAGACCAAGCUGGCCCCAAACUCACAGAGAUCCCCCUGCCUCUGCCUCCAAGUGCUGGGAUUAAAGGUGUGCACCACUACUGCCCGGCUCAAAAAAAAGUAUCUAUUAAAUGGUCUGAAACUAGUUUUGAGGAAGGAAAAUAAAAAUUUCUAACGUUAUGUUUUCCAAAUCUCUUUUUCAAGGUUUUUUUUUAAUACAUGUGCACAGACACUGUUCUUCUGUAAUUUAUCAUUUUCUGUAGGAUCUUUAAGAAGAAAAGUAAAAUACCCCAAAGGAAAGCAUCACUAUUAUUCUAUAUUAAAUAGUUGUUUUAAAAAUAUUUAAUAGCUCAUGUAUAUUUUUGAAGGACUCUUAUUUUUCAAAACCAAAACAUUUUGGAGGUUAGAUGUAAUCAGAAUUUUCCUAGUACUCGGGAUGCUCUAGCUUCGUUUUCCAACACUGCCAAAAACCAAUUUAAAGGUGGUGGGCAAGGAGCUAGUUUCAAGAAUGGUGCACUGGAUGAGCCUGCACAGUGUUAAGGCUAAGGCUGUGUGGCGUUCAGGUUAACACCAAGGCUUUCCUGUGACAGCAAACGGUUUUUACUGGCUCGCAGGAGAAGUACAGUUUGUCUUGUCUUCUUAUUGUUGGCAUUAAUCUAAUGUACUCACACGCACUCUCCUUUUGCAGUAGAAUGACUUGUAUUGGCAGUGUUUGUGUUACCAAACUAGUCUUUGCAAUGUGAACUUCUCAACCCAAGGACUCUUGCUUUGGGUGUUUUUCCUUUCUUUUUGGUAAGUUUUUUGAGGUGGAAUAUAACGUGUUAGAGGUGUGCACAAAACUAUUUUGCAUGCUUUUGUUUCUCUUCUUUUUUUUCUUUCUUUUUUGGGGGAGGGGGGUUUGUGUAGAUUCUUUUUAGCAAAAUAAAAUUCAGAAAAAGAUACACAAAUACUAAUUUUUAUUCUGUGUAAAGUUCUUUCAUUUGUAAUUUAAAAAAAAAAGUAGCUGACAUCUAAAUGGCCACAAAUAAAAGUCUAAGACAAAAGAG